AGGGGGACCGUUUCCAAGCAUGGGAGACAAGCUGCCGGAGCCUCACGCCAGCUCUUCCCCUGCUGUGGCUGCCAGCGCGGAGGCGGAAGAAAUCGAGGUGCUGGACUCCGAGGAUGUCCUACCUAUGGCCGCGGAGGAUCACUGGAAAGCCCUGUUUGAUCAGUUCGAUCCUGACAACACUGGCUACAUCAGCACUGAGAAGUUCCGCUCCCUCCUCCAGAGACACGGCUCGGAGCUGGACCCCCACAAGCUGGAGGUGCUGCUGGCCCUGGCUGACAGCAACUCUGAGGGCAGGAUCUGCUACCAGGACUUCGUCAACCUGAUGAGCAACAAGAGGUCGAACAGUUUCCGCCAGGCCAUCCUGCAGGGGAACAGGAGGCUGUGCAGCAAGGCUCUGCUGGAGGAGACGGGGCUGAGCCUCUCGCAGAGGCUGAUCCGGCACGUGGCCUACGAGACUCUGCCGCGGGAGAUCGACCGCAAGUGGUACUACGACAGCUACACCUGCUGCCCCCCGCCCUGGUUCAUGAUCACCAUCACUAUUGUGGAGGUUGCCUUUUUUCUUUACAAUGGAGUGGUAUUAGACAGAUUUGUGCUGCAAGUCAGCCACCCCUUGUACCUGAAGAAUGCACUGCUGUACCAUCCCCAGCUCCGUGCUCAGGCUUGGAGGUACCUAACCUACAUAUUCAUGCAUGCAGGGAUAGAACACCUUGGACUCAACGUUGUCCUUCAGCUCCUGGUCGGGGUUCCCCUGGAGAUGGUGCACGGAGCGGCGAGGAUCAGCUUUGUGUACGUCGCAGGAGUUGUGGCAGGGUCCCUGGCAGUGUCAGUGGCUGACAUGAGGGCGCCGGUGGUGGGCUCCUCUGGAGGUGUGUAUGCUCUUGUCUCCGCUCACUUGGCCAAUAUAGUGAUGAACUGGUCCGGGAUGAAGUGCCAGUUCAAGCUGCUGCGCAUGGCUGUCGCCUUGAUCUGUAUGAGCUUUGAAUUCGGCAGAGCCGUGUGGCUGCGGUUCCACCCCUCGGCGUACCCGCCGUGCCCCCACCCCAGCUUCAUGGCCCACCUGGGAGGGGUCAUGGUGGGAAUCACCCUGGGAGUCGUCAUCCUGAGGAACUAUGAGCAGAGACUCCAAGAUCAGACUUUAUGGUGGAUCUUCCUUUCUAUUUAUGUCAUUUUUGUCUUGUUUGCCAUCUUCUGGAACAUUUUUGCCUACAGCCUGCUGGAUCUAAAGCUACCUCCCCCUCCCUGAAACCACGGGACAGAGAACUGGAGAGCGGAAAUCAUCUGUCAGCUGUGUGGCAUGAAUGGAGAUGGAGGAUCUAUUUUUGUGUUUAACUUAGGGGAGGAUGAUUCUUCUCAACACAAGCGUGUGCUGGAGGAGAUGCUUAAGGAUCUCAUGAAAGAACGGGCUGAUCAGUUUGUCCACAAAUCCAGCAGGUUCUGCAGUCCUGGCUGGCCGUGCCCUGCGGUUUGUGCCCUGCCCCUGGGCACUCACUGCCUGGGCUGCUGGCACACAUCAACGUUCUGUAGGAGAUAUCUGUAUUUUCCAGGUCAGUGCUGGAAUUAGGGCCAAUUGCAGAGUGAAUCUCCUCACUGUUACUGGACACUAAAAGGGAAAAAGAGCAGACAUUUGCUAAUUAGAGACUCACAUGGUACUCACAGGGCGGCUUGAGUCUGGUCUCUAUGGACACAUCUGACUGUUCAGCCAUACCAGUGCCACUGUCUAAUUACUUGAAUGGUUCUGAAGGUAUUUUAGCCUGUGGUGAAACUUGUCUUGCACAACUUUCAGAGGAAUCAGCAGAACUUGCUCACACAAAGUGAUGGAGACUGGGCUCCAACCACAGGUCAAAUGAAGUUGCACUAUAAACAUUGGGAAUCUUUAGAGUGUUGUAGACACCCAGGCAGAGGUGACUUCUACUGUGCAUGUUUCACUUGAUUUUGAUUAAUUAGUCCCCCCCUCCCCAGCCUACUGUGGCAAGAGGGUGUGGCUGGGGUUUCUUUUUUGAGGGAUGAAGAAAAGGAGGGCAAAUGUUCAUUUGUGGUUUUAUCAGAGGACAAUCAGGUGCUGUUUUUUUCUCACUGUAUUUCUGGCCAUGCUGACCUAACACCUGGCCUUGCAGUGAGCUCCUAGCAAGGAUCUCAACUCUUCCAGCAGGUUCUUCCUAGAAAAGUGGGACCAGGAUCACCUACAGCAGCCCAGGGUGGGAACUAUCCAGCCUUUGCAGCCAUACAGUCCAUUUGGGGCCAGGUCCACUGAAGGCAGUGGAGUUAAAUCAGGUUGUGUGCAGCACUGGUUUCCCACAGAAGUGAAAAUGGUGUUAUGGUGCUACAGUGAUCAUUGUCAAACAGAUAAAACUGGUUUUAAGGUGACUGCUGCAUUUUGAGGGUGCCUCUUCCUGAGGCAAUGGAUGUUCAGGAGCUCCAAACAAGAGUUAGUUGCAAUGAUGCCUUUUUCUUUAACGUUGGCCAAGGCCAGGUCCAGGCAGUGUGACUGGGCUGUGGCACAGUCCACACAGUUGCCUGCAGGGACCUGAGGACCACAGGGGAACAUCUGUGGCAUGAGCAGUGCCUACAGGUACUCCUGUCUGUAAGGUGCUUAACUUGUUGUCACUUUAGAGAGCUGCCAAACCACAGUCCAGGAAUGUGGGUGCCCUCCUUUUCUCUCCCCUUUACCCACCUAUUGGAUGGUCUGGAUAAAGCAGCCAGAAGAGUCUCUCCAGACAAGGUCCUCUUUUCCUUUUUUCCCUUUCCCUGCUGGUGCCCAGGCACAGCCCCUUGAGCCUUCCACAGCACAUCUCACAGGCACUGUGGUAGUUGUGUAGCAAAAUGUCUCUGUGUCGUGGGCUUUAUUCUCUCAGUUGUGUUAUCUGUGCUGCCAUAUGAUACCACAAGCUGGUAGGAGUCUAUCCUUCUGGAGGGGAUAUUCACAAGUGCUUCUCAGCUGCCCCCUUCUUUGCCUCCUGUGGGAAAAAUAACUCUGGUUUGAGGGGUGAAGUUCUGCUCCCACAGAAUGCACUGGAAAAAAACUUCUGUUGCCUCGGGGAAAGGGAGGGGGGAGAAAAUAAGUGAAAAAAGCCUUACCUGAAAAGAAACAAUUUUGGCACCCUUGUGCACAGAAAUGGGAUUUCUGAGGGUGGCAGCACCUUUGUUGUUCUGCAUGGCCAGUGCAAUGCUUGUGGGCCCUCAGACCCAGGAGCAAGAGGAAGAGAGAAGGGUCAGAGCUCUGUUCAGGUUCCCUGUGCCCUUUCACCUCUGCAGUUCAGAUCCAGAUGGAAGCAGUCACGAGAGUUCCCAUGGAUUGUUCCAGGUGCUGGCCCAGGGAGUGCUGUAGCAGUGGAGAUCAUGUCCUUGUGGAACUGCAGGGGAGCAGGAGAGCAGGGAGAGUGCUGGCAGAGACAUGGUUAACAAGUAAGGAGGACAUUCCUUCCCUCACCUAUUGCUAAGCCUUUCUCAUUAAAGAUGCCUUUAAACAGAGGUGACCAGGACUGGGAGUUCCCUUGAAGUUUUAGGAAAACUUUUAAAAUGUUGGUAGAAAAUUCCAAUUUGCAAAAAAAACCCCUCCAAACUAUUUUGCCUGUAAUUUACCAGAGUACAAUAUGCACCAAUUGGCUUUUAUUUUUGGUUUCUCAGCUGAAAGCUACUUAAUGCCUAUCAGAUUCUCCCCAAUGAGGGUUUCUGUGCCUGCCAGUGUGUGCUCUGGAGUGAAGGAGCAAGAUGCAGAUUCAAGAGCCACCAGUUUCUUCAUCAGCCUGACCAUGGCCAACAUGCCUUUGGUCUGCUCAGGAGUGGGAAGGAGCUGAACAGAGUAAUGCAGACCCCCCUCUCUGGUCCUUUAUCCAUAGAUUAAUGGAGUUUACAUGAACUGGUUGAAAACAGCUCUGAGAUUGAGUUUAUGACUUGUUCUUUUAAACUGUUGUUCAUCUUCCUGACUUCCAUUCUGUCUCCCAAUACCCUGCCUGAGCAAGUCUACAGACAGCCCUGGGGACCAGAAAGGCCAGACUUUAAAGCAGUACUAGAUUUAUUGGGAGUGAAGCAAUGAAACCCUCUCACAUUCCUGCUCAUCAGAGCUGAAAUCUCCCCCCAUACAUGGAGCAGGUUGUCUGCUAGGAAUCGAUCAGCCCACGGAGUCAGGAGCAGCACCAAGUGCUUAAGCUUUUGUAAUUAUUUCUUUUAAUCACUAAAAUUACAGUGUGAAAACUUGUAAUGUUUCUACAGAGUACUUUGAGUUCUGGUUAUGUUGUUUUCUAACACACCCAGGAGUGCCACAGUGCUGCAGCACCACAGAGCUGAGAGCAGCCAGGCUUUCCUGUUACCUCCAGAUGUCCUUGGAGCUGCCGGCUCGUGUCAGAGCCGGAAUAUUCCCCAUCCUGCUCAUUUGUGGUUCCAACUUCUCCCAGUCAGCAACGUGUUCCUGAAGGAGUGUCCUCCAAGGGACUGUUUUUGGUGAUUCCUAUGGUUUUAUUUCAGCUGCUGCCAAGAUUUUACAUCAGUCACAUAAAAUGUGACUUUAUUGACCCUCCAGCUGUGCAGUGUCAGAGCAGGAGUGUCACCCACGGACAGGUUUGAACAGGGCACCUGAGAGGGAGUUAUUUUGUGCUGUGUCCCUGAGUGAGGACACAACACCUAAAAAAAAAAAUCAGCCGUUUCUGUGCAGGGAUUCCCUUGCAGAGAGCACAUUGCAGGUCCAGCGGGGAUGGGGCAGGAGCAGUGCGGUACCCGGGAGCCGGGAGUGCGGGAUGUGGAGCUUCCAGGGACACCUGCCGGCAGCGCGGAGGCAGGACGGGAGCCGGCUCCUGCCUUUCCUAGAACGGGAUCCGGCUCCUGCCUCUUCCCCAGGACGGGACCCGGCUCCUGCCUUCCCCAGGACAGGCGGGAGAAGGGGCUCAGGCAGCCGUGGGGAGCAGGAGGAGGAAGGAGGAAAACCAGGUAGAUCCAAGUCCAAAUGGCACCUUUUAUUCCCACAGGUAAAGAUUAAUUUUCCACAGGGUGAUAACACAGGAAGGAGGAGGGAGAGAGUUGUAGUGCAGUAACGGGAGAGGAGGGAGGUUACCAGAAACAGUCUCUGAGUGAGGUGUAGCACUUGUACAUAGGCUGAUGAAUUUACGUUUGCUGAGUUCUUAAGACAACAUCUUGUGUCACUGUUCCCCCAUCAGUCGAGGAGGAAUCUUAGCACUUACAUGGCAUAUUGUGAUUUUUCACUACUUGCUCCUUUGGCAGUGGGAAGUAUGUUAUCAACAGGGAAAGGGGGAGGCUGGAGAAAUUGUUACUAGAAAUAAAGCUUGGGGAUUCUGCAUCCCAAGAUCUUGCUCCUUCUGAUGGAUUACACUGCCUAUGUGUUUCAGAUCAGAUCAGACCAUUUCAGUUUGAGCUGGGCUAGGAAGGAUGAACCUGACACUUUACAGCUGGCACUAACCUGACUCCCUGCUGACCUCGAGGCAGCUGCUGCUCUGUGCCAAUAUUUCAUCUCACAGCAUCUCCCGUGGGCAGGACUUUCACACAUUCUUCAGUGAGUAAAGAGCUCAAAGUCUGUUUACACAGAUUCCAGCUCAGCUCAAUUACUUUGGAAACCCCAUCCUCUGGCUUUACCCAAAGUGGAACUGGAGAAUGUGGGUGCACUUCAACACCAGCCACCUCUGGGGACAAGCUGGGCCCUGGAGCAGCCAGGCCAGCACCUCUGAAUGCUGCUGCUCUCCUGUUUCCUCACAGAGGUGGCUGCUCUGCAGUGCUCUGGGACAGAACUCAGAGGUUCCUCCUGCAAUCACUGAUGCCAAGAGCUGGUUAUGAAGGAAAACAGUGCAUUCUGCAGCUCUAUAAAAAAAGAAUCAUACUUAAGACAGGAAACAAGCUUGUUUAAGGGUAAAUGUAUUUUUAAUGUCACCAUUAAUCAUUGGCUUUUAAUUGGAAAAAGGUUUCUAAUGAGGUAUUUCUGAAAUGUCAGUAGGAGUACAGAAAAUUUAUGUUUCAGGGUACUUUACAACAGGAGCACAAAAUAUUCCCUAGGCCUGACUUAAGUAGCAAAAGUACCUUAUUUUCAGUGAGCUUGAUAGACACGUUGUCACUGACUCUCUCCUGACUCCCCCACAGUGUCUGUUUAGUUUGCAAAUAAAGCCAGAUUUAUGCAGCUUUUCUUUUGCUUAGACUGCUAAUGUUAACAACACAUCCGAGUGUUAAACACAAAGCACUAAACUAAGUGAUUUUCUGCCUUAAAAUACUGAACAAAUGAUACUUUCCCGUGAAGGGCUAGUAAAACAAAGUGAUACUUGCAAGGUAAGAUGCUAUGGUACGUCUCCAAAUAUUUUUGUAUUGUGUACAUUCUGUAUAUUUUUGUUGUAACAAUAUUAUUUGAGCGCAGAAUCCAUUAAAUUUUUU